AUGUCUCUUUGUAACAAAGUGUUGGUGAAUCUCUCCGAGAAUGAGCAUAGGAAUGGGAGUGGGAUUGAGAUUGCUAAUCUCUCUGGUACUGGUUUAGCCAGCUCUAUGGGAGAGGCAGGAGGGGACAUUCUGAAACAGUGUAUCAUUGCUGUCCUGUGUGUUCUGAUCAUCCUGGGCAAUACGGCCGUGUUAUUGGUGAUCUCCUCGCCAGUUUCUGGCUGGUCCAAAAACAGCCGCCUGGUCCUGAUUUCAUUGACCGGGGCUGAUGCUGCCCUCGCUCUGAUAGUCAUCCCUCUGAAUUUAUAUGGUAGCAGUGUACCCCAGCUCCGAAACCAGGCCGACUCCCCCUUCUGUCACAUUGUGGUCUUUCUAGACGCCAGCAUCCUAACUUCCUCCAUCUAUUCCCUGGCUACUAUCAGUAUCGAGCGCUACAUCGCUGUAUUCUUCCCACUCAGGUACAGCACGGUGAUGACCAACUGCAGGAUCAAAGCUCUCAUUGCACUGGUUUGGCUUUUGCCACCCAUCCUCUCUUUUCCCCUCUCCAUCCCUCGGGGAAUUGUCAAAGUUUACUUCUCCAGAGCAUCUUUGAUAUGUAAUCUGGAUUUCUCCAGCAAUGUCACCUAUUCUCUCCUGCUGACUGCAUUCAUCUUCUUCCCCUGCUCACUCAUCAUGACUUUUGCCAAUUUCCGUCUCUGGUUUGUAGCCAGGAGUCAGAGGAAUCGCUUUAAACCGAAGAAGGCGAACAGGAGACACGAUGCUGCUUCCAGAAUCCUUCUGCCUGUAGUUAUCGUCUAUUAUAUCUGCUGGUGCCCUUGCGUUUGCAACAUGAUCUACCAGGCUCUAACACAGCAGGGGGCAUCAGAGUGGUUGGAAUUCGUUGCCCUGUGGUUACCGUGUGGAAAUGGUUUCUUCAACUGCAUUGUGUACUUCUGGUUAAACCGAAGUUUCCGCAAAAAGUUUCAGGAAAUGGGGCAAAAUCUCUGCUUGUCCGAAUGGUUUGUUACCCGAGAUGGUGCAAUUUCUCAAGUUCCAAAUGGAAAGCUACUCGUGAAAGUUCAGAAACAGCAUGGUGAUGCAAAAGCAAGGGACAGCAGCAUCUCCUCUAUGUGUAAUUUGGUGUCCUUCAGCAGUGAAACCAUUUUGUCAAAUACGUAG